GACACGCUGUGUUGGCGGGCGUUGCCCACCACCAAAUUCACAGCUCAGGCAGUUUUCUAUGGCCUCGACUUCUGAUGCUCAUUCCCAUCUUUCUGAAUACGAGAUUUGGUGGAGGGACCACUACAACUUCCUCAAAGAAAGGGGUUACAAACUACGAAGUCGUUACAGUCCGGACUGGGUGCCCUCUUGGACGAACACCAACAAACUCUACAUAGAUUGCGAGGACGGAGUCAGGUCGCCACACUAUCUUCUACUAGAUGCACAACGCACUCAAGACGACGUAAAGCGACACCCUUAUGAGAUAGAAAUCGGUCGCUGUUUCAGUAGCCCCCCUCUUAGUCAAGAUCCGGCCAACCAUUGCGUGCCAAUUUACGAUGUUCUGCAGGUGCCCACCGACAGUGAUCUUGCAAUAAUCGUUAUGCCGUUACUUCGAGAUGCUACAGAUCCCUAUUUUGACACGGUCGGAGAAGUCGUAGACUGCAUCCAACAGCUUUUCGAGGGGCUGCGCUUCAUGCACCGACAUCACGUUGCUCACCGAGAUUGCAUGCAAUUGAACAUACUGAUGGACGGCAACAUGUUCAUAGACCCAUGGCAUGCAAGCGACCAAUACAUGUCGGAAGACUUCAAACGCCCGGCCAGGCAUCGUACACGCACGUACUCUCCUUCGCGAUACUACUAUAUAGACUUCGGUAUUUCCCGCAAAUAUGAGGCGACCAACACCAACCCAUUGGAAUAUCCCAUAUUCGGUGGAGAUAAAGAAGUGCCCGAGUUCAAGGAAGACAAUUAUAAACCUCGGAACCCUUUUCCAACUGAUGUUUGGUAUCUUGGGCAUGCCAUCCAAGAAACAUUUCUUGACCACUACUCAGGCGUGAAAUUCCUGAGCAGUCUAGUAUCAGAUAUGAUGCGCUCGGACCCAACACAGCGGCCAAAUAUGGACGAAGUUUUUUCUCGAUUCCAGAUUCUACGUCAGGGCUUCAGCAACUGGAAAUUACGUUCCCGGGUGGCUCAUGAUGAAAAGCGAUCUCUUUUUGAUUUUAUAACCCACUGGGCCCGUCGCAUUCAAUACACAGUACGCAGGAUUCCCCCAACGCAUACCUCGCUGGCAUAGAACGGACUUUUUUGUAACUAGUCUCCUACAUUGCACGAGUUCUCUGUCUAUAAGUACUUGUGUUUAUAGAUGAGGCGUCACAAUGACUGCACGCUGCGUGUACGUCCACUGAUGUACUUAUCGACGUUCUCCAGGGUUCUACU